AUGCACUUCCACUCUCUAUUACAUCUUGCCACGGUCCAACUGGCCCUUCUGGAUGUCGUAGCCGCGUCUCCCGCCGGUGUUUCUCGCGGCUGGCUUUCUGCGAGGCAGGAUGAUGUUGUCCCCACUCCAGAGGAAAACGAGCGUGCUGCUCAAAUCAAAGAUGUCUUUACCACGGCCUGGGAGGGGUACUACACUUUUGCUUUCCCGAAUGACGAGCUGAGGCCGGUCAAUCGGACGUUCAUCAGUAGAUACAACGGAUGGGGAUUGACGGUGGUGGAUGCUCUGAGCACGGCCAGUAUCAUGGGCCUUCAAUCCAUCGUUGACAGGUCUUUGGAGUUCAUUCCAACAAUCGACUACACUCGAGAUUCCACAAAUCGAAAAUGUAGUUUGUUUGAGACAAACAUCCGCCACCUUGCGGGCCUUCUCUCCGCCCACGACCUUCUGACUGGCCCACUGGCGCAUCUAGUCAAGAAUAAAACUCAAGCCGACGCACUUCUCCCGCAAGCACGCACCUUGGCCGACACUAUCAAGUUCGGCUUCGACACACCAACGGGCAUUCCGGCCAACAAUCUCUACAUCAACAACCGCACGACGGACGACAGAACGGACAACAACAUCGCCCAAGUCGGCACUCUCGUGCUCGAGUGGACUCGCUUAUCCGACCUAACUAACAACUCGGAGUAUGGUGAACUGGCGCAGCGGGGCGAAUCUUGGCUGGUCAAUCCACGAGGACCUUUCGGCGAGCCGUUUCCGGGGCUGAUUGGUUUGGAGAUCAACAUCACGACGGGGAGGUUUACGACUGAAGAAGGAGGGUGGAUUGGCGGGGUGGACAGUUUUUACGAGUAUUUGAUCAAGAUGUUUGUGUACGACCCGACGAGGUUUGAGUUUUACAAGGACAGAUGGGUGACAGCCGCCGAUUCGAGCAUCAAGUAUCUCGAGUCGCACCCCAACACCCGACCCGACCUCACUUUCCUAGCCUGGCACAACGGCACCCGCGUAGAAGGAUACAGCGAACAUCUCGCGUGCUUCGACGGCGGCAAUUUCAUCCUGGGUGGCCUGGUGCUGCAGGAGCAGCGGUACGUCGACUUCGGGCUGAAGCUGGUGGACGGUUGCGAGGCAAUUUACAACCAGACCCUGACCGGCCUCGGCCCCGACAUCUUCCGCUGGGACCCGGUGGGCAGCAACCAGAGCACCGUACCCGCCAACCAGACGGCCUUCUACCAGCGCGCGGGCUUCUACAUCGACGCCGGCAGCUACGGCAUCGGGCCCGAGGCGCUCGAAUCCUUCUACUACGCCUACCGCGCCACCGGCGACCGCAAGUACCAGGACUACAUCUGGAACGCCUUCCAGAACCUCAGGCAGUUCGCCGCCGUGGACGACGUGGGCUUCAGCAUCCUGCGCGACGUCAACGCCCCCGCCGGCGGCGGCUUCGGGAACUACCAGCCCAGCUUCUUCCUGGCCGAGACGCUCAAGUACGCGUAUCUAGCGCAUGCGCCGCAGGCGGCCGUCCAUGUGAGUGGCGGGCAAACGGCGGAUGCGCAGGAUUGGGUCUUCAAUACUGAGGCGCAUCCGAUGAAGGUGGUUAGGUAA